AUGGUCGUUUUUCAGCCAUGCAAGCGCUGGGACAACGAGUCUCGAGUGGCGCGGAAAGUCCGUGCGUACUUGACGAAAACAAAGCUUGGUCUGCUGUUUGGGUGCCGCCGCCGUGCCCACAUCCAGACAGAGCAUGGUGAGGCAUUGCAUGCUGUUCAUUGUACGGCACGCAAGCAGCUGCUGAUAUGGCUGCGCGACAAAUGGGCUGCGCAGCGAAUGGCCGCUCGGAAUGAGCACGGACACGCCAAGCGGCAGCGGUGGAGAGCUUCAUUUGCACAAGCCGACAGGCCGCAGAUUUUGCGCGACAUGUUGCCGCAAAUUCCUGUGAAGUUUGCACGUGCUGCACGUGACCUACUGGCAGGGGGGCAUGUCGAAGAGCCGAUUGUCAACGAGCCAUCGCCGCAAGCAUACAAGGGCACUGGUACUAUGUUCCGAUACAGUGGCUCCUUUAGCAUGAUUGAGCAUCAACCUUCCUUGGACCUGCUUGCGGCAGGACCAUCUGUCGACAUUGAUCUGCUCAGUGCCGGCCUACGAAACGCACCGCAGGUGCUUGCCAUUUGGGAUGACUUUCAAAGUUGGAUGACCGAGCUCGGCAACAAGUACCGCUUUGAACGGGUCAGCACCGCCCUGGAGCUCCACACAGAGGUGACGCUGCAACGCAGAGUGCCUUCCAUUCACUUGCACAUGAUGUUUGACACCCGCGACUCGGCAGCAAUGCGGGCUCUAGCACCGUACCUUCCUGGCCCAUGCGCCCGCAUGUUGCGGCCAGGGCGACAAGUGCAUCUGUCUGGACAAAGUUUGGCAUUUCGUGGGUGCAAGCCGCACAUCUCCUUGGAUUCCUCGCAGGCUCGUGGGCGGUCAGUCCGUCGUGCACUGGAUCAAGGGCACUUUUAUCUCCAAGUGGAGAAGAAAGGGUCCAUUUUUCGCCAGACCACUUGCCCAGCAUACCAGACUUUCACAGUGAGCCCCGACUGGGUGACUGGACUUUGGCAGGGGGAUAAGAUUAACAAGGAGUGUGCCGAGCAGCACUACGUCCAAUGCAAGCGCAACAUUCGUGCUUACUGUGAGAACCUGAAGUACCAUGGCCAGAAACAACGGGAGCUGUACAUUCAGCAGCAGCAGGCUGCUGCAGCAGAGCUCUUGCGCCCACUGCAGAAAGAGCCAGUGGAACUACCAGAAGUGACGCAGCUGUUCUUGCCACAGUUCACGCGGCCUAUGCAUCGCCGAAAAGUCUUGGUGCUGAAUGGCCCAACGCGCCUGGGGAAGACUGUCUAUGCACGGUCUCUCUUUGGCGCAGAUCACACGUAUGAAACCAAUUGUUCCGGGGUGUUGGAGCCCGACAUGAGGGAAUAUGAUGUGCUACGGCACCGGUGUGUGGUGUUUGAUGAAGCUAGUGUCCAUCUUGUCUUGAAGCACAAAAAAUUGUUUCAGGCGCCGCCUGCCGAAAUUUCACUUGGGCACUCGGCGACAGGCAUGUAUGUUUAUCGCAUCUGGGUUUGGAAUGUCGCUCUCAUUGUCACAUCCAAUGUCUGGACCACCGAACUGGAGCAGCUCGCUGCAGAAGAUCGGGAAUGGCUAGAAGGGAAUGCGAUGCGAGCGGCGCGUUUUCACGACCUGAAUUUCUAUUGGCGCAACGCUCAUGCCGGAUAUGUCGGCCCUGCCACGUUGCCCGGUGAAAAAUUCGCCAUUGGGACCACCCCAUUGGGACCACCACGAACGGCAGAUGCCAUUGAGCAGGUGAUCCAGCCUGACACCGCUUUGCCACAGACUUCACUUGCAGAACUGCACAUGCCCGGCCCUGCGCAUACCUUUGUGUCCCAUUCCUGGCAAUUGAACGUAAAUGACAUUUUCAGCUCCUUGCAGCGUUCCUUCGCGGGGGCCGAGAUGCUUCGUCUGUGGAUGGCCGUCUUCAGCUUGAACCACUGGACGUCACAAGCGAUGUCCAUCGAACAGAGCUGCAGCGCAGAAGUUCUGAGGAGUCGUUGUCAGAGCUUUGCCUUAGUGCUGGGCCCGGAGCUGGAGAGUCUCAAGCGAUUGUGGUGCCUCUAUGAGGUCCUCUUAGCCACGGAGUGUGGCAAUGCCCAGCGUCCGAUGUCGAUGAAACUUUGCUCGCCUCAAGGACUUCUAAGUGUUGGCACGGGUGGCAUGCCGGUCUCCUACAUUUUGAAAGUCAGCAAGAGCAUCUCCAACUUGGACCUUCGCAGCGCCGGCGGCAAUCCCGAUCCCUGGGAGCAACGGAAGUUGCUGGAGGAGUUUGGAAGGCGUGGUGGCGUCAGCGCGCUGCGGAGCUUUCUGAUGGAAGGUCUCAGCUCCAUCCACCGGCGAGGCCAGGAAAUCUUUCUCCAGGCAUCACGGGCGGAUGCAGGCAAGACGAGCAGCAAGAGCGACGUCUUCGACAGUGACCGCUCUGCCACGGCCUAUGAAGAUUCAGAUGCCACCGAGGAGCGACCAAGGUCAGAAAAGAAGGCUGAAGAACUGCCAGAAAGCGAGGAAACACACGAAAUUGACCCUGAAGAUGGCGAUACGUUGAUGGUUGCCGCGUCAACUCCCAGGGACGAAGGUGAAGGUGCAGAAGUGCAGCGACAAAGCGACCCCUGCGAUCCCUGUGAACCACCCGAGCCGCUCGGGGUGAAAACCUCGGGCCAGGAAUCAUCGGUCUCAGCACCAUGCAGGUUGCUGGUUGGUGCUCCAUCGCCCGGCAGAGGUGAGCAAGUCACAAAGAUGGAAGCUGAGCUGCAGUUGGACCAGCUAUGGGACAGCGAAAGGAUUAGAGAUCCAUCUGCUGGUGUUGCAGCAGCAGUCGAGGAUCCGCUUUCCCUCACACAAGCGGAGAGGGACAGCGAACGGAUUAGAGAUCCAUCUGCUGGUGUUGCAGCAGCAGUCGAGGAUCCGCUUUCCCUCACACAAGCGGAGAGGGACAGCGAAAGGAUUAGAGAUCCAUCUGCGGGUGUUGCAGCAGCAGUCGAGGACCCGCUUUCCCUCACACAAGCGGAGAGGGACAGCGAAAGGAUUAGAGAUCCAUCUGCGGGUGUUGCAGCAGCAGUCGAGGACCCGCUUUCCCUCACACAAGCGGAGAGGCAAGAAAGUGGUGGAACUGAAUCGUUGACAGAGAGCGGCUCAGCCGCGCUACAAGUUGUCAUUUCGGUCCUGCAAAAGGGCAGCGGGACAGCGAAAGGAUUAGAGAUCCAUCUGCGGGUGUCGCAGCAGCAGUGGAAGACGCGCUUUCUCUCACACAAGCGGAGAGGCAAGAAAGUGGCGGAAGAACUGAAUCGUUGGCAGAGAGAGUUCCCUGUGAUCCUUUGUCUAGACCUUUGCAGGGACGGCGAAAAGACUGGAGAUCCAUCUGUGGAUGUUGGUGCAGUGGCGGUCAAGGAUGUUGCUUCCAUCGCAGAAGUGGAGAGGGACGGGGAAAAGACUGGAGAUCCAUCUGUGGAUGUUGGUGCAAUGGCGGUCGAGGAUGUUGCUUCCAUCACAGAAGUGGAGAGGGACGCCGAAAAGACUGGAGAUCCAUCUGUGGAUGUUGGUGCAGUGGCGGUCGAGGAUGUUGCUUCCAUCACAGAAGUGGAGGAUGAUGACUUGGUGGUGGAAGAUUCCGUGUCCGUCACGGAAUGCGAAAGUCCUGUGGGCCUGGCGUCGCGAGCCAAUUGGUGGAGGGAUGAUCCGAGCGAAGAGCGGGAAUUGAAGAUUGUGCCGCUGACUCCGGCGCAACAAGACUCCGAGAUGCCGCAGACGUCGUGGUCGCAAGAUUCCCGCUUCUCGUUUGGAUCUCCCGCGGCACCUGAACGUGUGCCCAGCGUCACCUGGGGCAACACCAUGAAUUCGGCCACCGAGACGGAGAUUGGGGGAGAAGAAGCCGACACCCUGCGCGAUUUGCACAGCAGGCUGCGAGACCCCGUGGUGUUGGCCAAUCGAUUAGCGUUUGCCAUCAUGUCCAACGAUUCUUUGGAGCUCCCAGAGCCAUCGCGGGGCAUCUCUGAAGGUGUCAGUCGCACCUCGUCGCUCCAGAGCCGCGACUUCGCCCGGCUGACCUCAGUGGCUUCCAGCGACAUUGCGGAGCCUGGGCACUUCAAAAGAGGAUUUACCGGGGACGAGCUGGCUGUUCAGCUUCAUAGCAUCUUCAACGCGAUGGAUGUGGAGCGGCUACCACUGUUCCAGUUGUUGUCCGAUCUGGGCCACAGUCGAGAAGAGGCUGCCGCCAUGGAAGCUUAUUUGCUGCCCUUGCUUCCCUCCUCACAGGACGGCCUGGUGAGUUGUGAAGAGCUGCUCCGGUUUCUAGCCGAGACAGCCUGAGAGGUUGGUCUUCCGUG